AUGAUGAUGGGCGUCAGGCGUGGUCUUCCCUUGGCGCCAUACAAGCCAUUCGCUACCAAAGCAGGCAAGCAGAGUCAGUACCUGCACCACCCCGGCCAGCACUUCAACGUCCAGAGCAACGAUCAAGGUGCACAAUGCCCAGUAGCCGGCAGCCGCUCGACGAAAUGCCUUGAAGGCAAGCAGUUCACUGCAGCAAUGCUGUUAGAUGAAGACUGUUCCUGCUACAAGUCAUCUUCUCUAUGCAUGCAACCUAUGUGGAGCAUUUGCUAUUCAUUAAAAACCCUUCUAAGGAGUGCCAAGUCCGUUAAUGCGCUUAAGCUCUUGGCUGUUCGCUAA